GUGUGGUACAACUAAAGCAGUGCGGAUAUGACGGCGGAAACAAAUACGGGUCCGAUGAUCGGCCAGCGUCACCUGCAGGCCUUUUUGCUUUUUUUGUCCAUUGUGGUCAACUAUAUGGCCAAGUUUAAUGCUGGAGUGGCUGUUGUGGCAAUGACGAACGCCGAGAAUACCAACCCAAACUUUCCAGAGUACGAUUGGAAUGAAAUGGAGCGCUCUUACAUUCUGUCCAGCUUCUUCUGGGGCUACAUUUUAACCCAAUUUCUGGGUGGAUGGUUCUGCAGGCGCUAUGGAGCCAGGAUCACCAUGUUCGUGUCCACCAUCGGCUCUGCUCUUCUGGCCUUGCUUCCCCCCUGGUGUGUUUCCUGGGGCGGAUGGCAGGCUUAUUGCGCUAUCCGGAUGUCAAUGGGUCUAUUCCAGGGGUUCCUGUUCCCCUGCAUCCACGCCCACCUGGCCAACUGGUGUCCGGUGAACGAGCGAAAUCGGCUGGGUGCCUUGGCCAAUACGGGUAUUGAUUGCGGAACUUUGGUGGCCAUGUUCGCCAGUGGAUUACUGGCAGCCUCAAGUGUCGGCUGGCCCGGAAUCUUCUACGUAUCCAGUGGUGUAGGCGUUUUCUGGUGCAUCAUCUGGUGGAUUUUCGGAGCCAACACCCCCAGGGAGUCAAAGUUCAUUAGCGAAGCGGAACUGAGCUAUAUUGAGACUUCAAUUAACUCCAGUCGCAAAGCGGAGGAAGCGGAGCAAAUGGCGAGUGGAAGAAUUCCGGUUCCAUGGAAGGCAAUUUGGACCUCGGUACCUUUCUGGGCACUAAUGAUCACCAGAUGCUGUCAGUCAUGGGGGUAUUCCACUCUCCAGACCGAGAUGCCUGCCUAUAUGAAUGGUGUUCUUUUGAUGGACAUGAAGAAAAAUGCCCUCUACUCGGCCCUACCGUACUUAACCUCCUGGAUAAUGGCCUUUGUCUACCUCAUCAUUGCGGAUAUCCUUCUGACCAGGGACAUUAUGUCCAUUACUGGCAUUCGCAAGAGUGUAAAUUCUAUUGCGUUCUUUGUGCCCGCGGCUGCGUUGAUCGGAGUCAGCUUUUUGGAUAGUAACCAGAAGUCACUGGCUGUGGUGCUGAUGUGCGCCAAUGUGGGAAUCAACGCUGGUUCCACAAUUGGCAGUACCAUAAACACCAUCGACUUGUCGCCGAAUCAUGCUGGCAUUCUUAUGGGAAUUAUUAAUACAGCAGCUAACGUUGUGCCUGUUCUAACGCCUCUCCUUGUGGGAAUCAUCGUCAAGGAUGAUCACGAUCGAAAACAGUGGCAAAUUGUAUUUAUCAUAUCAGCCGUCAUCUUCUUUGUGGGAAACAUUAUCUAUCUAGCCUUUGGACAGAUGGUUAAUCAGCCCUGGGAUGCCCCCGAUUUUAUGGAUAAGCAAAUAUCCUCCAAUCUACAAGAAGAAGGAAAUUCUAAGGCUCUGGAAGCAAAGCAGAGCGAGAAAUUGGAGGAAGCAAAGCGUAAGGAAAGUGAAGCUGGCUUAGAGGUCCAGGAACCCAACAAAAACAAAGAAAAUGUGGAGAAUCUUAGCCAUAACUAAAAUUAAGAUCAUGGAACAUACUAACUAACUAUAACUCGAAAAUAAGAAUUUUACUCGCGGCUGGUCCGGAACACUUUUUAUCAAGUGUCUUUUAU